AUGGACGUUUCUGUUUCUGAUGGAGAAGGGGAGUCUCGACCCAUCGAAUAUGAGGCAUCGACUGUCACGACUGGGAUCGACGAGUUCAGUUCCUCGAACUGGCAGGCCCAACGGUCGCCACCCACCACGGAAAGUGAGAACAAGCCGUACCAAGACUUUACGCAGGUAACCUUGGUCCCGACCGUCAGCCAUGAACCGGUUCCUGGCCCCAGCAGCUUACUUGCUUCCGAGUCCCAGCGAGGAUUCCCCACAAGGCCAGAUGUUUCAGGUCCGCCAUGA